AUGACGGCGGCCAACAACGACACUAGUGCGGAAAAUUCCCAAGUCGGAAAGGCUCGUGUUGGGGAGAAAGCGUCAGAGCUCUCCAAGGUCGAGGCCACACUUCCAGAAAGUACCGAAAAUGCAACCGAUGAAUCAAGUACACCACCUUCAGGGACCAAGAGGUCUAUCACAGGCUUAAAGUGGUUCUUCGCCUAUGGCUCGCUUCUCUCGACUGUUUUCCUCUUCGCUUUGGAUGGUACAAUCGUUGCAAACCUCCAACCCUCCGUCGUCGAAACCUUCCGAACCGAGCGAAACAUGGCAUGGAUCGGAGUCAGCUUCGUGCUUGGUAACACGACCAUCUUACCUCUAGGAAAGGCUUUCGGCACGUUUGAUAUGAAAUGGGUCUUUAUCAUCUGUCUCAUUAUAUUCGAGGUCGGCAGUGCCAUCUGCGGUGCUGCUCCCAACAUGGAUGCUCUCAUUGUCGGCCGCGUCAUCGCAGGAGUUGGCGGCUGUGGAAUUUACGCCGGCGGUCUCAAUUACGUUGCCAUCCUGACUACGAACCAUGAGCGUCCUCUGUACCUUGCAGGUAUUUACUCUAUCUGGGGUAUCGGCUGCGUCUUAGGUCCCAUUAUCGGCGGUCUGUUCGCCCAGAGCAGCGCGACCUGGCGCUGGGGCUUCUACAUCAACCUUCCCAUUGCCGCCUUGUUUGCGCCUGCGUACCUCUUCUGUCUACCAAGAAUCCAGGCUCUACCGGAUAUGCCCUUCGUGCAGAAGCUGCGCUUGCAGGAUUGGAUCGGUAUGACGGUUUUCUUGGCAGGAAGUACUUGCUUCAGCUUGGCUAUCAACUUUGGCGGCACCGUCUUUGCCUGGAACAGCGGCUCAGAGAUUGCCGUUCUCGUGCUAACCGGGGUCCUUUUCGUUGCGUUCGUUCUCGUGACCAUCUACCACCCGGGCGUACCGGAAGCGCACAAACUUUUGCCAGUGGAGUUCAUGCGCACAUUUGAUCUUGUCGCUCUACCGCUGCAAGGUGCAAUUGUGGCCGGUGCCAUGUUCACGGCCAUUUACUACACUCCGCUUUUGUUCCAGUUCACCAAGGCAGACGGCCCCCUGGAAGGAGGUGUACGAAUCCUGCCACUUAUUUGCGCUCUUGUCGUUUUUGCCCUUUUGAACGCCUUUCUGAUGCCAAAGCUUGGAUACUACAUGCCGUGGUAUGUUGCGGGUAAUAUCGCUGUCGUCAUUGGCUCUGCCCUCAUGCACACGGCAUCUUCCAACAUCUAUGGGUACACUGUCCUCAUUGGCGUUGGUAUCGGCUGCUUCCAGAGCGCUGGAGUUGCUGUAGUAUCGGCUAUUUCUCCUCCAUCUGAAGUGAACCAUGCUGUGAGCAUCAUGACAAUUGCCCAAGUGUCUGGAAUCCUGGCAGCCCUUUCCGUCACGGGAGCUAUCUUCCAGAACCUCGUUGUGAGGAAAGUCAGCGGGGUGCUCUCUGAUUAUCCACUUGACGACAUUGUCCACUUGACCACGGGAACGAGCAGUGCUCUGUUCCAAGACCUCAGCCCGGAACUUAAGCGGGGAGUCAUCGCCCAAGUGACGGAUGCCAUCCGCCAGGUGUUUAUCUACAUACUCGCCGUCUCUUCGCUUGGUUUAGUCCUAUCAUUCCUUCUCAGCCGCAAGAGGCUCUAUCUUGCAGGAGGUGAGGUCGCCAAGUAA